UGCCCAGCUGGCCAGGCGGGGGUUCGCCGAGGGAGCGACUGGGGACCGCUCCCCAUCCCACCUGCGAGAGGCCGGCCAUUCCCGUUCCGCCGAGAUGCCGGAAGAAAACAUCUUUCUGUUUGUGCCCAAUCUCAUCGGCUAUGCCCGGAUCCUCUUCGCCUUCAUAUCCUUCUACUUCAUGCCCAGCUGUCCAUUCACAGCCUCCUCCUUCUACCUGCUUAGUGGGCUCUUGGAUGCCUUCGACGGACAUGCGGCCAGGGCCCUGAACCAAGGGACACGGUUUGGGGCGAUGCUGGAUAUGCUGACUGAUCGAUGUUCUACCAUGUGUCUGCUGGUAAACCUAGCUCUGCUCUACCCUCGGGCCACCUUGCUCUUCCAGCUGAGCAUGAGCCUGGAUGUAGCCAGCCAUUGGCUGCACCUACACAGCUCAGUGGUGCGAGGCAGUGAGAGCCACAAAACCAUUGACCUAACAGGGAAUCCUAUCCUUCGACUCUACUAUACUUCCCGGCCAGUGCUAUUCAUCAUGUGUGCUGGGAAUGAAUUUUUCUACUGUCUUCUUUACUUGCUCAAUUUCUCAGAGGGACCCUCAGUGGGUUCAGUGGGUCUGUUCCGAGUGGGACUCUGGAUCUCCACUCCUAUUGCUUUACUCAAGUCCCUCAUCAGUGUCAUCCAUUUGGUCACUGCUGCACGAAACAUGGCUGCCCUGGAUGCUGCUGACCGUGCCAAGAAGGAAUAGCCCUGAUGUCUUUUCUGCUUCCAGCAAACUUCCGGCCCCAUUCCUCUCCACAGUGCCCUGCACCCUAUCCCCCAUGGUGCUGUUAUGCCCUCCCCUAAAGAGGUCAGCCUUUUAUAUAGCAUAAGGCAUGUCCUCUACAGUGCUGUGUCACCCCCCCCCACUCCCACCCCCAGUGCUGUCAGAUGUCACUGUUCUUUGUCCCCACACCCAUGUGAUGUCACUUACCCACCGUAAGGGUAGCACCUAGACAUCAGAUGAAGGCUCACUUUGUGGGGGUCAUGAUGGAAGUCCCAGCCACAGGAGAUGAGGCCAUAGCCUCCAUGAUUUGGGGAUGGCUGAGCUCCUUAGGAGAAGGUGUGGAGACACGGGGUGUGUCCUUACACUGAAGCAGCCAGGGGCUGUUUCCCGUCCCAGGAGACAGUGUGAGCCGUGCAAGUUAGCAUGGUCCUGCUGUGUUUCAGGGAGAUGGUGUGGAGGCUGGCUCUCCAUAAGGGGGCCAAACUCCCCUCCUCCUGGCCUGACUGUGUCUGGAAUUGGUGGAGUCUUUGCUCUCUGGGGACUUUACCCAGGAGGGAAGGAGGCCCUCGGGAUUCUUCCCUGUUGUACUGUGUCUCAUGAUGUGUAAUCUGCCCUGAGGCCUUGAUGAUAAAGGAGGAAACUUCACAAUCACA